AUGAUGCAUGAAACAGUUGGGCUCUCUUCUCCUGAUGUUCAAGCUGGAGAUGUUAAUUAUGCUAGUGAUUGUGGAUUCAAAAUCCAUAGUAGUACUAGCAAGGUAGAAAAGAAGUUGACUGGUCCUGAUGGUAAAAAGGGUCUUGUACUUAUUAAAUAUUUGGUUGGUAACAAAGAAGGUUUUGUCAAUGGUAAUAAGAAAGAUAAAAAAGAUGUUGAAGGUGUUGCUUUUAGGAAGACUAUAGUCAGGAGGAUUGGGUGUCCAGCUAUGAUUAAGUUUAAGUAUUGUGAUGGUGGAAAGUAUAUGGUUUAUUUCUUUCAUGAAAGCCAUUAUCAUCCCUUCUCAACUCCUAUUACUAGACAGGUCACUAAACCAUAUGAUGAUGGCUUAACUUGUGUUCAUAGGAAGUUUAUAUUUGAUAAUUCAAAGUUGAACAUUAGGCUUGUUAUGUUCUAUAGGAUGAUGAAAGAAUAUUGUGGAGGUUAUAAACAUGUGAGAGGCACUAAAAAUCAAUUUAAAAACUUUUCUCGUGACUUAAAAGUUUAUAUUUCUGAAGCUGAUGGGGCUAUGUUUAUAGAAAAUAUUCAACAUAAAGUCAACAACAGUAAUGGUGGUUAUUAUCUAGACUAUUGUGUUAAUGCAACUAGGCAUCUAACACGGUGUAUGGGAAAUGAGCCUUCUUGUCUUAUUACAGACCAAGACCCUGCAAUGGGUAUUGCAAUACAAAAUGCUUUUACCAAAACGAAACAUCGAUUGUGCAUGUGGCACAUCAUGAGGAAAGUGCCUGAGAAAGUGGGUACAACUUUCUGUAAUGACAAUGACUUUUUGAAAGAGUUUUGUGCUGUUGUUUGGGACAGGGAAAUUGAACCUAAUGAGUUUGUUGAUGGUUGGAAUACUGUGAUCGAAAAAUAUGAUUUGAUAUCUCAUGAAUGUUAUUAUGGUGAUGGAGUCGAAUUUUCCGUUGUUGUAGAUGAUGAACGUCAAAGGAAUUUUAAUGUCACAUUUGAUUUAUCUACACUAGAGUGUACUUGUACUUGCAAGAUGUUUGAGAGUCUGGGUGUUCUGUGCAGACAUAUAUUAUUCAUUAUUAAAGGUAAAUCAGUAUCUGAAAUCCCUGAACAUUAUGUUUUGAAUCGUUGGAGAAAAGACGCUAAGAAGAAAUCUACAUCAGUGGAUGAGGCUUCUAACUUUGACAAAAAGAAGCAACUAAUCUCUGAUGUGUGGUAA